CCCCCGCCCUCGCCCCGCCCCUCCACCUGGCUAGAGUGUGGCAAGACUAGCCGUGCCGGAAGCAGCUAUUUUGGCGGGUGGGGCCGGCUUCAGGUGAGACUACGCAGCACUGUAAGGGGAUCCUGGGGACGUGGCACAUCGAGACAAACCUUGUUGUCUACCUCCUCUCUGGUGUCUCUUCUGGAGAAUAUAUCCCUUUUCCGUCUGGUGGGGCCGUGGGUCUGGACCAGCUGCUCUGGUUUGGACGGUAGUCUUCAGGGCCCCGUGGCGACCUAGACAGAGGAACAGAUGGGAGGCUGGGUGACUAAAUCCAGGUGCAGCCAACAUGGGUGAGCCCCAGGGGCACAUGAGGAUCCUAGUGACGGGGGGCUCUGGACUGGUGGGCCGAGCCAUCCAGAAGGUGGUUGCAGAUGGGGCUGGCCUGCCAGGAGAGGAAUGGGUGUUUGUCUCCUCCAAAGAUGCAGACCUUACGGAUGCAGCACAGACCAAAGCCCUGUUCCAGAAAGUCCAGCCCACCCAUGUCAUCCAUCUUGCUGCAAUGGUGGGGGGCCUGUUCCGGAAUAUCAAAUACAAUUUGGACUUCUGGAGGAAGAAUGUACACAUCAAUGACAACGUCCUGCAUUCUGCCUUUGAGGUGGGCGUCCGCAAAGUGGUCUCCUGCCUGUCCACCUGUAUCUUCCCUGAUAAGACAACCUAUCCUAUCGAUGAGACCAUGAUCCACAAUGGUCCUCCACACAGCAGCAAUUUUGGGUACUCCUAUGCCAAGAGGAUGAUUGACGUGCAGAACAGGGCCUACUUCCAGCAGCAUGGCUGUACCUUCACUGCUGUUAUCCCCACCAAUGUCUUUGGCCCUCAUGACAACUUCAACAUUGAGGAUGGCCACGUGCUGCCUGGCCUCAUCCACAAGGUGCACCUGGCCAAGAGCAGCGGCUCGGCCCUGACCGUGUGGGGUACUGGGAAGCCACAGAGGCAAUUCAUCUACUCGCUGGACCUGGCCCAGCUCUUCAUCUGGGUCCUGCGGGAGUACAGUGAGGUGGAGCCCAUCAUCCUCUCAGUGGGCGAGGAAGAUGAAGUCUCCAUCAAGGAGGCAGCCGAGGCUGUGAUGGAGGCCAUGGGCUUCCAUGGGGAAGUCACAUUUGACACAACCAAGUCAGAUGGGCAGUUUAAGAAGACAGCCAGCAAUGGCAAACUUCGGACCUACCUGCCCGACUUCCAGUUCACACCCUUCAAGCAGGCUUUCACCUGCCUGCCCCACAGCUGUGAAGGAAACCUGCACUUGGUUCACCGACAACUACGAGCAGGCCCGGAAGUGAAGGCAUGAGCGGAGCAGGUGCUCAGCUAGCAAACCCCAGCAGCCCCUGGCCUCAGACCUCGUUGGAGGCCAAGAACACUGCCCAGCAAUCUGGCCCAUAUCCCACCCCCUCUGCUGGGGGCUCCAGGCGGCUGACCAGCAAGGCCCUUUUUCUGUCUCUCCUCAGGAAAACAAGGCCCAGGUGGCCCAGUACCUCCCUCCCUGCCAUCCCUGCCUUAGUCCACUCUGGUCCCACUGUCCUGAGUCUGGGACCCAAUAAAGUACAUUUUCAUA